AUGCCCGCCAACGUCGAGUCUGAUGAGUGCGAGCUUGACUCCGAGUCAUUACUUGGCCGAAGAAAACGCGAUCGACAUGGUUCUGAAUGGCGACAUCACACCUUCACUCUACGUUCGACAAGAAAAAAGCUGACCGGGCUGUUAAUCCGCAUUUUUCUCAUCUUAGCCCAGGCAUUGGGUGUGCUCUUUGGAUUGAGAAUCAGGCGCCGAGCCCGUUUCUUCAUUCAUGUCACAGUCAGCGGACUUCUAUUGCUGAUCUGCCUGACUGCACUGUUUUGGCCAUCAUAUACACACUUACCGCCACAUUACCAGACGCUCAGAAACCGAGUGCAGAAAAGCGGAUUUCAAGGACGCGGUAACAUCGAGAACCAGAAGGUCUUUAUUGCUGCUGUUCUUUAUGACCCCCAGGGGAAAAUUGCAAAAGGUCAAUGGGGACAGGCCCUUCUCAAGCUCAUUGAAAUUCUCGGGGAGCAAAAUGUUUUCCUCAGCAUAUACGAAAACAACAGUGGACAAGAAGGCGAAAAUGCCCUUCACGCUCUAGCAAACCAAGUGACGUGCGACAAGUCCAUUGUGUCAGAGCUAGGCCUUGGUUUAGGAGAACUACCGAGAGUGAGCAUCCCAGGAGAAACGCGCAUCAGGCGUAUUGAUUACCUGGCUGAAGUCCGAAACCGUGCUUUGCAACCGUUACAAAAUGGCAAUACGACAUACGACAAACUUUUAUAUCUGAAUGAUGUUAUUUUCGACCCCGUCGAAACCUUACAGCUUCUGUUCUGCACCAACGCCGACGCCAAUGGUGUAGCCCAAUACCGAGCUACGUGUGCAGUGGACUUCAGUAACGCCUUCAAGUUUUACGACACAUACGCAACUCGCGACCUACAAGGCUAUGGAAUUGGCCUUCCUUUCUAUCCUUGGUUUACUACCACGGGGAGGGCGCAGAGUAGACAAGACGUACUAGACGGUGUAGAUGCCGUCCGUGUCCGCAGCUGUUGGGGUGGUAUGGUUGCAUUUGAUGCCCGGUUUUUCCAGGGUCUGAAUCCAGUUCGAUUUCGCGCAGACUCUGAGCUAUUUUGGGAUGCUUCCGAGUGCUGUAUUAUUCAUGCGGAUAUACAGAGUGCAGCACUGAUCUCGGACGAAUCCAAAGACUCGGGAUCAUACAUUAAUCCCUUCGUCCGGGUCGCUUAUGACGAGAAAAGCUAUUCGUGGCUUUGGACCACUCGACGUUUCGAGAAACUGUAUCCAUUCAUCCACAACACACUGAACCAUCUGCUCGGAUUUCCUCGAUACAACCCUCGCCGCACCGAGGUACUUGGCCAAAAGGUCAUUGAUACUGUUUGGGUACCGGGCGAUGGUGAAGGACAGCAGGGUGAGGUUCGGACGACGAAACGCGAAGCUGGAAAUGACGGCUUUUGCGGACGUCGUGGACUCGAAGUCCUGGUUGAAGAGAGAAUACCUGGUCAAGAUGGGUUUGAGCGUAUCAGGGUUCCAGUUGGCUUGGUUUAG